UCCGUCCAUUAACUUUUCCUUGUAAGCGCUCUCUUACCUUUAUUCAUAAAAUGAUUUUAAUGAAACUUGCUACAAAUAUUCCAUACCAAAGUACUUUGAACAAGUUCACAUUACAGAAUUUUGCGAUUAAUCCUAGCAGAGUUAUGCUCCUUUUAUUGCCAAAUAUGGGCAUUGUGUUCUAAUCAUUUUUGUCUGGGCCAUUACUUCUAAAUUGUUUAAGAUAUAUCAUGAAGAAACUUGCAGUAUACUUGCAUCACCUAAAGCUGAUGUGAAGUGUACUGCUGUUAUGUCACUGUGACCUUGACUUUGAGGUCAAGGAUCAAGUAAGUGUGAAUUUUCCAUUAAAGAUAUAUAUAUAUAUAUAUAUACUGGUGAAACUUGUAGUAUACCUGCAUCACCCAUAGACGAUGUGCAGUGCAAUGUAAUUAGGUCAUUGUGACCUUCACCCAAAGGUUGGAGGUCAAAAAUGUCUGAUUGUUUCAAAAGUUCAAAAGUGUACACCAGGGUGAUGCCCAUGGUCCUUCACUGUGUCUAAUUAUAUACAUGUAACAAUCUCGGAUCAAAAGUCAAGCUCAUAUACUCAAUGAGCGAGUUCAUGUGAAGCUCUCGAGUUAACUCGAGAGACUCAGGUUUCAACAAAACGCAGUCAGUUUUAACUCGAGUGACGUAAUUUGACCUUUGAACUCUACCCGUGCCUAACCCAGCCUCGACCCAGGGUUCCUCGAGUUUCAAGAUGGCGGAAAAUAUAGACGAAGACCCGCUGGUCCAAAUUGAAUUUGACCAUGAAGGUCAACAAAUAAAAACCAUUGUCCCUCGAAGCUUUGCGAAUGAGAUCCACCAAUGUUACAAGACCGAUCCAGAAAAGCACAAGUUUUAUCUAAAUCAGAUAGCACACCAGGCCAAGUGUGAGCGAUCAUUGGAUCGCCAUAUUAACAGUAUCCAGCCUAAGGAAACCGGUCAAACCGCUAGUCAAACCUCCAGUCAAACUGCCAGUCAAACCUCCAUGAAAGAAAAUACAUCAAAUAUUCAUGUUUGGACAGAAAAGGAAGAGAAAUGUCUGAUUGAUGUUCGCUUAGACAAGGAAACAGCAUUCAAUGGCUCUAAAAGCCAUGACACCCUAUGGAAUGAGAUAACCACCCAAAUGAAGAAGAAUGGAAUAAACGUAACAAAGAUUCAAAUAAUGAACAAAUGGAAAAACUUGAAAAAAAAAAUACAAAGAAAUUCUUGAUUCAAAUAGUAAAACUGGAAAUUCUCCGGCAAGUUGGAAGUAUUUUGAAGUAUUCAAUCAAGCUUACGGCAACAAAGCCUCAACACAACCAGUCAUAUUAAUCGAUUCAAGUAAGGAAACACCAUUUGUUAUGAAAAAAGCUGCCAAUUCAAAUUUGUGUGAUAUUUCCCCAGGAAGCUCAUCAUGUAGUUCAGUUAAGAGUACAAGCUCUAAUUCAAGUGUCAACAAGAAGAGAAAAUCCGGUCAAGAUAUUGCGGGGAUAGAGGAGAUGAUGUCGAAACAUCACAGAGAAAAAAUGAGGAGGAUGGACAAAAUUUUGAAUAUCUUUCAAAUGUUGGCAGGCCAAAGUACAAAUGAAGAGGAUGAUAGUGAUUAGACUGUAAUAACUGCAAUAGAUAUGCUUCGUUGUUUAGAUAUGGACUACAUACCAUAUCAUUCAUAUGUAGAUUAAGGUUAAACGUGAUCUAAUGUACAUGUGCCAAUAACUUUCAUUUUUAAAAUGCAAGAUAUGCAUUUAAUAAUGGUUGAUUAAUUUUGCAAUUUUUUUGCUUAAUAUUUUAUGAGUAGUUACAAAUGUGACUGUUCUAACAAAUAUGGACUACAUUCCAAAGUGUUCACAUUAUUAAUGUACUUGUGAGAUAUAUUGAAUCAUGUGCCAAAUACUUUAAUUUUCA